CGCGGGCGCCUUCGCUCCCACACGUGCGGCGAGUUCGAGCCCGGCCGCCCCUGGCGGGCCGCGUGCGCCCCCCCGGCGCGGCUCUCGGAGCAGCAGCGCCGCCGCGCCUCGCCGCCCGCCCCCCGAUUCCUGCUGCUGCCGCCCAGAGGAGGAGAAGAGUCGCUGCUUUCAAUUUCCCCGCGGCGCCGCGCGCUGCGGAGAGCCGUGGGGGUGGGCGCCCAGACGAGAACGCGAUGAAUGAGUUCUCCCCUCGCCUCGGAGUUGCCUGAGUUGGCGGCGCCGCGCUUGGCUUUCCUGCUCUCAGCGCCCCAGGAGCUCGCGGCUCCCGGGGGGCACCGCCCACGCCCGCCGCCCGGGGCUGAGGUAGCGGCGCAGGCGGGAGCCGAGGCUCCGAGACCGGGGCAAAGGAGGGCUGUGCCCCACGGAGGCGCACCGCGGGGCGGUCUUUCCGCACUCUCUCCGCGGCCCCAUCUGCUCUCCAUGGCGUCUCACCAGCAAACCCGGAUCCAGGCUUACCUGGAGAAGAACAAGAUCGGCCCGCUGUUUGAGGAAUUAAUGACCAAGUUAAUAACUGAGACACCUGACCAGCCUAUCCCGUUUCUCAUUGACCAUCUUCAGUCUAAGCAAGGACACCGAGGACAAUUGCAAAGAACUUUGUCUGGAUCUGCAGCUCUCUGGGCAGAAAGUGAGACAUCAGAACCUAAGGGAACAAGAAGGGAUAUCAGGAGCUACGAUAAACCUUGGCAACUAAAUGCAAAGAAGCCUAAAAAAUCAAAAAGUGACCUCGCUGUGUCUAAUAUUUCACCACCAUCACCAGACUCCAAAUCAUUGCCAAGGUCAGUAGAGCAUCAUAAGUGGAACUGGCGGACUAAACCAGUAAGCCGUGAUUUUGAUGAAUUGAACCACAUCCUUCAAGAGAGCAAGAAGCUGGGGAAAGCCCUUGAGAAUCUCUCUAGAAGUAUUGCAAUUUCAGAUGAACUUGAUAAGGAAACAAUUGCUUUUAAUUCUUCUCUUCUGAGGCCCCGUGUGAUUGGAGAAUGGAUUGGCAGAGAAGACAAUGAUGCUGAUCCUCUUGCUGCUGAAAUGCUACAGCCUCCAAUUCCAAGAAGUAAAAAUGACCAAUGGGAAAGUGAAGACAGUGGCUCUAGCCCUGCAGGAAGUUUAAAGAUGGAACCUAAAACUAAAGGAUUAAAACAGCAGCAACAGCAGCAUAAGAAACUUCUGGCAGCAAUGCUUUCUCAAGAUUCUUUUGAGUCCCUCCACAGCCCCACUCCAUCUGUAACAGAAGAAGAUAUUGAUAAUGAAGAUGAUGCAAUGGAAUUGCUGGAGGAUCUUGAUGAUUUAAGAAUGGAGGGAGUAACAACUCUGGUGCCUUCUGGGAGCAAAUUUAACCCCGGCCGUCCUACUCAUGCUGCUGAACCUCAGGCCAAGGUCACAUUGAACAUCUGUUCAAGGUGUGCCAGGCUUCAGGGAGACAGCCUGGCAGAAAGAACAGAGGAGACAUUACAAAUACUUCAUUCUCCGGAUGAAAUAAUCCCAGAUUCUUUGGAUUCUUUACCUGGGCCUGAAGAAGCACUAAUGGAAGAGGAGGAAGAAUUCCAGAAAGUAUCUAAAUUAGUAGGAUCUGGAGAAGCUUCUAGUGGAGGACACUCAUUGAAAAACUACAUGGAAGAAGAUGAAUCCUUAAAGCAACUGCAGGUAGUUCAUCAACCAUGGCUCUUGCCAAGUGACACAGAGAGUGAAGGGCUGGAGGCAGAACCUGAAAAACGUUCUGCUGAUCUUCUUCUUUGUGUUCCAUGCUCUUCUUGUCCUACCCUGAUCUACUCUGGUUUGUGAAACAAGCAGAAGAAGUCGCAAGUGAUCCUUAAACAAAUUGCAAUUAGUCAAAUACUUAUAUAUAUAUAUAUAUAUUCCUUAUUUUAUUUACUAAGUGUAAUCAUUUAGAGAAUGGUUAUUUUUAUAAUAUCAAUAAUAAAGUUCUGUUGUAACAA